AAAAAAACCUAAUUCAAGAACAUGGCUACUCCUCAACCUAACCACAUUCAACACUAUCCAAAUGGUGGGGAGCUAGAACAUUUAUUCACAAGAACCAUGACUCAAGAUGACAUGCUAGGUUUAGUUCUUGUUGGAGAUUCAAAAAACUUCUUAACAACCCUACCAAAACCAAUGCUCGAUGAAAUUGGCAUCAAAGGACUAGAAAUUGAGAUCUACACACCACCAAGGAAUAAGAUCUGGGUGGCAAUUUACUAUGAUAGGGCAAUCAAGGAUUUUCGACUGGAAAAGAUUGCUUGGGCUGAAGUUCUUGUGAAGAGUGACUUCAAGGUUGGUGACAAAAUUGCUUGUUGGUCGCUUUACCAUGCCGAUCUAGGUCCAAAUGGGAUCUUAGCUUUACUGAUUGAAAAGGUUCCUAUUGACAUUGACAAUGAGGGUGGUGUGUAGCGAGGCAGGGCUGAAAAUGCUGGGGAUGGCAAGGAGCGAAGAGCUGGAGCCUCGUGCUUUGGUGUCCUUUCUAUUCUUUUUCGAGAAUAAGUGUUGAAGGCAAAUAAAUUUAUG